AUGGUAGUAUCAAAGCCAGGUCCUUCCCUGUUUGAGACCCCAUGUUAUAUUGUCGAUGCUCCAGUUGUACCUGGCAUUAAGGGGACGUUAGAGUGGGAAUACUUUAGUGCUGGAGGUGAAAAUCCAGAAUCUUUCUACAGAGCAUUCAGCAGUGAUGUCCUGGAGGCUGCUUUCAAUACCCCAAAGGACAGGUUAGAGAGCCUAUUUGGACAACAAAAACAAGGCAUAGUAAUCAAAGCCAGUGAAGAGCAAAUUAGAGCUAUAAGCGAACACACUUCACACUCUACUAAGCAAACUAAAGCUGAAACCAAAGGCCCUGUCAAUAUAUUAAAAGAUCGCGCAAUAAUUAGUAGUAGAUUUGGACAGCUCUUUGUAGCAUCUUCUGAGAGAUUUGAACAAUUGAGGGAUUUGAAUACUGCUGUUGCCUUCAUGAACAUCAACCAAGGUGGAAUGAUAUUACCAGUCUACCAUACAAAGAUUACAUGGUUGGUAAUGGUUGCACAAGGAAAAGGGCUCUUUGAAAUGGUUGGUAGCCAAAGCCAGAGACAAGGCCAUUAUCAGAUAGUCCGAGGUUGUCUAUCAGUUGGUGAUUUUCUUGUAAUCCCCGCAGGCCACCCUAUAACCGCUACAGCCACCGGAGAUUCAAAUCUCAGUACGGUUGCUUUCGGAAUCAAUGCCCAUAACAACAAAAUGAACUUCCUUGCUGGUCAAAAGAGCAUAUGGAGAAAUGUAGAUAGGGAAGCAAAAGAACUUUCCUUCAACAUGCCAGCAAGGGAGGUUGAAGAAAUCUUGCAGAAGCAACGUCAGUCUUACUUUGUGGCAGGGCCAGAACAGCGCCAACAGCAGCAAUAUGUGUCUUCAAUUUUGGACUUCGUUUUCUAGUUGUAAAUGAAGUGAGAGCUUUAUGAAUAAAUAAAGAAAGGC